CUUGUUUAUAAUUUGGCUGUUGUUGGGUURUUUURAUGGCCGACUUUCUCGAUGCUUUUGCCGAUUUGGAAAGCCCAGGAUCGCUUCUACCUUGCGGUAAUUGUGGACGAAAGUUCAAUGCAGACUCGUUGGAACGACACGGGAUAAUCUGCAACAAAUUAAAGAAACGAAAACCAUUUGAUUCAUCAAAACAAAGGCUUGGUGGACUCGCUCCUKCUGAUGUACAGCAGAUCAAGAAAUCWCCYGAUCCAGUGAAACCCAAAAAGAACAAUUGGAAGCAGAAACAUGAAGAUUUCCUCAACACCAUUCGCUCUGCAAGGGGAGUAACAGCAGCUAUCAAGAAAGGSGAGCCCCUCCCCCCUCCCCCGCCCACAACGGUGAAUCCUGACUAUGUACAGUGCCCUCACUGUAGCAGAAGAUUUAACGAACAUGCUGCAGAAAGACACAUUCAAUUUUGCAAGGAGCAGAAGAGCCGGAUAGGAAAAUCCCCUUCUGCUGCAGCAAAAUCAAGAGUUGCAGCAAGAACACAGUACAAGCCCCCUCCUCCUAGUAAAAGAAAUUCUUCUGGAGUUAUUACCAAAACCAAACAGCCUUUUUCAACAAAGCCAACAAACGGAACAACAGAAUACAAAACCACUAGAUAUGACAGCAAACAGUUGUCCUCCAAGAAUCAAGAAUAUUACCAUYAGAGACCCAAGUCCAACGUUGUUUGACGACUACGAGCAAAGUACUGGCACAAAGUCUCGAACAAGAAAUAAAUCUAGUCCCUUUCCAUCAAAAGCACAGGUACACAGACCCAUGGACAGAGUAGACACAGGAGACAGGAUAAAAAGACUCUCCAAAUUCUGUUACGAAUGUGGCACAAAAUAUCCAGUCGAACAUGCAAAGUUUUGUUGUGAAUGUGGAACUAAGAGACCAAUUAUAGAUUAAAGACAGUUACAGAGCUUCACGUGGAAAUCACUUGAAUUAAUAUUAUUAUCAUGACAUUAGCUGUGACAUGGAAAAACACAUCUAAAAUAUGUGGCAAUAUUUAUAAUAAUUCAUCCAAAAAAUGAUCUACAAGUAGAGCUGAUUAUAAUAGUACUGUAGUUCACAUGAACAUAACUUCUAACUAUUAAAUGUAAUAGCCRAUUUGCGAAUUUCGCCUCAGUAGUCAAACACAAAAGAAUCAAGACAAGGCAUCGUGCAUAAAGCUCAGUCAACUGUGUAAAACUAUUGUCUUCAUUUUCACAAUUGACUGCUUUAUGCACGGCGCCUCGUCARCACCUAGUCAGCUAUUAUGUUGUCUAAUGUCUAGCUAGUAACCUACCUGCUUCACCCAGUUCAAGACGUGGUUAACCUGUAUUUAGGGACAUGGGUAGCAAACCUGUGUAUAGAGCAAGGAGGUGUAUCUUACGGUCAAUAGUGAUGAUGGACAAAAAGUGUGCCUUGAAUUCAUGUACAAAAAAUAUUACAGAAAACCUUAGAAGUGCUAAUAAAUCUAGAAGUUUAACUAGGGAUCUCUAGGAUGGAAAAGAAUAAAUAAAAUAAUUAAAUCAAACAUCUUUAGUACCUCAUAAUUAUUAAUAAUAACAAUUAUUAUAAAUUGUACUAUUAUUUUGACCAAAACUAUUUACAAACAUAACUAAAA